AAUCAAACUGACUCCCAAUCCCACGCCCGGGUGGGGGUGGGGUGGGGUGGGGGAAGAAGGAACGAAAGAAAAAACAAACACAAUACAGGCAAGUGUUACCGACAAGAUGGUUGUGCUAGCGUGUUCUCUUCGUACCCUUUUCACAAACUCUCGCGGAUAUCAGUGUCGGCGUUCAUAUAAAGUACUUACCGGUCAACAACACAAAAGCACAGACUCAAAUCAGUACAAUGGACAGCUGUACCCAACUCACAUACCAACCAACCCUGUCCAGAAAGCUCUUUUGGCUGUUGGUUCUGGAGUGGCUGCCCUACAAAACCCCUACAGACAUGAUAUGGUUGCAGUGCUUGGGGAGACCACCGGGCACCAGGCCCUGAUCAAGUUAUGGGACAGAAUGAGAAAUGACCCUGAAGGCUACACCAUUCUCAUAGAGCGUCCUAGGAUCCGUCUGUCUACACUGGACCUCACUCGAAUGUCUGCUUUGCCGGAUGGAACGCUUGGAAGAGAGUAUCUUCGUUUCCUAGAAGAAAAUAGAGUCACCCCCGACUCGCGAGCUGAUGUGAAGUUUGUCGAUAAUGAGGAGUUAGCGUACGUCAUGCAGCGAUAUCGUGAAGUCCAUGACCUGUUGCAUACCUUGCUUGGCAUGCCCACCAACAUGUUGGGUGAAGUUGCUGUGAAGUGGUUUGAAGCUGCCCAGACUAGCUUGCCCAUGUGUAUUCUUGGAGCAGCACUUGGACCACUCCGUCUGUCUGUCAGUCGUCUACAGUUGCUGCUUCAGUCAUUGGGACCAUGGGCCCUGCGCAGCGGUGGUCGCGCCUGCUGUGUUCUGAACAUCUUCUAUGAGCGCCGCUGGGAGCAGAACCUUGAUGAGCUCAGACAGGAACUGAACAUUGAUCCACCACCUCUCAGUCUUUUUCAAAACGGAAAAAGUACAUCCUCAAAAUCUUAACUAACCUGUCCUGUAACUGAUAUAACUGAAGGAAAUGCUAGCUCAUGGGCAGUCCCCUAAAAUGUGCAUACAUCCCGCUGAAAACAAAGAUCUUCCUGUUUCCUGCGUUGACUGGUGCCUGAAAAUAAUGUCACAGUGAGGUAUUUUACAUCUACAUCUUAGCAUGAAAAAAUGCUUAAAAUUUUACAUGAUGUCAACUCAAGUUUUUUGUUAAUAUUUGGAAAAUUCACAAUUUACGUUAAAAAUUAUUAUAUUAAAAUGUGUAAUUCACGACAUUUGUGUGUAAUAAAUUCUUUCACAAUUUAUUGUUAUUAUAAUCAUUAAUUUAUACAUAUCUUUCUUUACUUGCCAUAGUGCCAAAUAAUAAAGGGGACUGCGCUAAAUGAUAUACAGAGAUCUAAUAUUUGAAUGAAACCAGGUAAGAAGUAAAAUUAGUUAAUUUCUAGUCUCUAAAACAAAACAAACAAACAAACAAAAUUCAAAUUGAUGAAUUUCAAAUAUAAUAGGGUUAUAUAUAUAUA